AAAAAACCCAUUCAUUCAUUCAUUCAUUCCUAUUGCGCUGCCACCGAACCCGUCUCUUCUCUCCCUUCCCUUCCCGCUCAUCAAACCUAAAACCUCCUCCUCUCUUCCACAGGUCAAACGUGAAGAACAUUUGGGGUAUAUGAUGGUAAGUAUGCAAAUGCAUGUUUUUUUAUCUUCUUAAUUUGACAGCAUAGUAUUAGUAUAGAAUCUUUAGGUUUACCGUAACAAUGAGGGUCAAUGAUAACCACAACAACAAUGCUCGCGGAAAAGAUCCGGUUUUCGGUGCAAUCUUUAUUGCAAACAGUGAAUCGAGAAGAGAAUGUUUCAAGAAGGGAUUGUUUGGGCUCCCGUCUUCUUAUAUCCCAUUCGUAGAGAAGAUUAAGCCCGAUAUGGCUUUGUUUUUAUUUGAUUAUGAGAAGAAACUACUUCAUGGUGUUUUCAAGGCUACUUCUAAGGGAGGUAGCAAUAUCGAUCCUAAGGCAUUUACUUCGCUAGGGAUACAAUAUCCGGCUCAGGUUAAGUUCACUGAGAUUUGGAAAUGUAAGCCCCUUCCUGAAAAGAUAUUUCGAGAUGCAAUAAGAGAGAAUUACUUUGCAGCUAACAAGUUUAACUUUGGGCUAUCUGGAGAUCAGGUCAAUAAACUUCUACAUUUGUUCGACAUGAACAAGUUAGAACCGGAGGUUCCUAGGAGACGUAUGUCUAGAGCAGAUGAUAUGACAUCAGAGCAGUACUCAGUUGGCGAAGUUGGAAGAUCUUUUGGUCAUGGAAUGCUUGAUGAAGGUGUUCCAUUAGAGCCGUACUCAGUAGGCGAAGCUGGAAGAUCUUUUGGUCAUGGAAUGCUUGAUGAAAAUGUUCAAAAUGACAGAGUUUUGGGUGAUAAAAGUUCACCUGUCUUAAUGCAUAAUUACCAAGGAGAUUAUUCUGCACGGUACAAUGGAUUCAGUGCAGAUGAUAUUUUAGUAAGCAAACAAAGAAGGUCUUCUGAGCUUGGAGUGGAUUAUACAAGUGGAUAUGUUGGUGAUUAUUUGCCAUUAAAAGAUGAAAGCAGGCUUGCUGCACACAACAAUGCAGAUUAUUUAGAUAACUAUGCUGCCAAACUCUCUCUGGAUACUGCAAAUGGGUAUGUUGGUGAUUAUUUGGCAAGAAAAGAUGACAGCAGGUUUACGUCUCUUGAGAACAACGAUUAUAUGCUCAGGCCAUACAGUGUAGGUGGAUACGUCGACAUUCCUUCUGAUGAUGUUAGAGUUCAUGGUGAUGGCAGGUCAUCAAUUAGUGAUAGGUUGAUGGGUGAAGACCUAAGAAAGAGUGGUCAGAGGAUGAUAUUUUCGGAUGAUACUCCUAGUUUACAUGAUUCCAAUGUCGAUCUGCCUGUCUUCUACAACAGGCCUAAUUUAGAGCAAAGUUCUUUGGUUGAAAAUCAUCGCAGGUCAACUUCUGCUAUGAUUCACCCAUUCCAUUUAAGCACUUCCUGUGCAACACAAGGAGCUGAAAGUUCUAUUCUGUAUGAUCCUGAUGCUCCUGGCUUAAACUUCAGGCAGCUACCAUCUUUUGGAAUUAAUAAUGGUUCUGAGUCAAUAACAGAAAGACUUUCUCCAUCAACCAACUGUGGAAGGAAUUCAACGAGUAGGGAACCACAACUUGUGCAUACAGAACUCAAAGACAAAUACAGAUGGCACAAUAUUGGUGAUUGUUUUCCAAAUUCUGUAUUGUAUGGUAGCAACAGGGAAUGCAUACAAAACUCUGGCCAGUUGGCGUCAGAAUCUGCUUUAUAUGAGGCUCGCAGUAACAUUUUUUCCUUAAAGUCUUUGUCAGCUCCUAUCCCUUCUUCAGAUAUUGGAAAUAGUGGCAGGACACAUGAGCCGUUUUCUUCGCUGUUUGAUAAUUACAAAUCAUAUUUGGACUAUAAUGUUCAUCCCAUGGCAUUGCAAGAAUAUCCGAGUCAUGAUAUAACACUAGCAAUGAACAAUGGAACAUUAAGUUCUGAUGUUCCUCUAGCAAAUUGGGAUCAUUUUCAAGUCCAAUAUGACGAUUCAUUGGAUCAUGGAUACGAUAUGGGAUGUCAUGGUGAUUCUCAAAAUAGCAAUCAUGGUCAUCCAAAUAAAAAAAGUAGUGUGUUUUCUCGUAUAUCUUAUGCACGUGAUGUUAACAAACAGGAAAACAGAAACAAUGCACAGAAGGAGGAAUAUGGUUCCAUUACUUCAGUUGAUGAAGUGAUGGAAAUGGUUCGUCGAAGUCAAAGCCACCGGUUGACAAAAAGAAAACCAACACCCAAUCAGCGCAACAAUACUGAAAGUUUGAGGAAUAAAACUCAACUCAGUAGUCAGAGCAAGAAGAAUGAUUGCUUUGAAAAUGCCUUGGAACACAACAAGGAUGAAAGCUUGAGGAAUAAAACUCAAGUCACCAGUCAGAGGAAGAAGAGAGAUCUCUUUGAAAAUGCCUUGGAACACAACGAGGAUGAAAGUUUGAGGAGUAAAACUCAAAUAAGUAGUUUGAAAAAGGAGAAAAGAGAUUGCUCUGAAAAUGCCUUGGAACACAAUGAGGAUGAAAGUUUGAGGAAUAAAGGUCGAAUCAUUAGUCUGAAAACGAAGAAAAGAGAUUGCUCGGAGAAUGGCUUGGAACACAACGAGGAUGAAAGUUUGAGGUAUAAAACGCAAACCUGUAGUAUGAAGAAGAAGAAGAGAGAUUGCUUUGAAAAUGCCUUGGAUGAUCUAAAUACGGAUUCCACAACUGUGACUGGAGGCAAUCCUAAUACAACAACCAAAGUUGUUGAUUUCAAGCGUCGAAGCAAGGUGAGGAAACAUAGUGAUGAGAUUGAGAGAAGCUCCAAUGAGAGUAAAAAGAGUGAGAAUUUGGUGGUUGGGCAGCAAAAGAGAAGAAAGUUGAUUCGCCCAAAUUUCAACAAGAGUGCAUCCUAUGAAGACAAAGACAUUAAUCUUGGCGGUUCUCAAAAUUUACAACUAUCAUUGCCAAAUGGAAGUCGUAAUCAUAAAGAUGUUAUUGGAAGUGGAUGUACAUUGGUGAACCAGUGUGAUUAUGAUGUUAAAACAGAUGCUGAAAUUCAAAACAUCAAUUAUCAAACACAAUCUGAAGUUAAGAAUAGUAGCCACGCCACAGAAUUUAUCUUCAGUGGAGGAGAGAAAGCGAACGUUGGCGCCCUUCCUACAUUAUUUGAUGGGUCAGAAUGUGCAGAUAAUAAAAACCACCAAAAGGUUUUGUUCUCAGCUUCUUGCAGUGACGAGAGUUUUCAUAACAAGGAAGGUUCAUGUAUGAUGGAUAAUGUAGAAGCAGCAUCUCUGGAGAAGGAAUCGUUGCGUGCAAUUUGUCAAGAAAAAGCAAAUGUUGGCACCCUUCCUGAAUUAAAUGAUGGAUCAGAAUGUGUGGAUAACAAACCUCACCAGAAGUUUUUGUCCUCGGCUUCUUGCAAUGAAGAGAGUUCUCAUACCAAGGGAAGUUCAUGUAUGGUGGAUAAUGUAAAAGCAGCAUCUCUGAAGACGGAAUCAUUGCAUGCACUUUGUCAAGAAAAAGCAAACGCUGGCACCUUUCCUGCAUUAAAUGAUGGAUCAGAAUGUGUGGAUAGCAAAAAUGACCAAAAGGUUUUGUUCUCAGCUUCUUGCAAUGAAGACAGUUGUCUAGAAAAAGUAGCAUCUCUGAAGAUGGAAUCAUUGCAUACAAUUUGUCUAGAAAAAGUGAAUGUUAGCACUGUUCAUGCAUUAAUUGAUGGACCGGAAUGUGCGGAUGACAAAAAUCACCAAAAGGUUUUGUCUUCAGCUUCUUGCAAUGAAGAGAGUUCUUGUACCAAGGAAGGUUCAUGUAUGGUGGAUAAUGUAAAAGAAGCAUCUCUGAAGAUUGAAUCAUUGCAUGCAGUUUGUCAAGAAAAAGCAAUUGCUGACACCCUUCCUGGAUUAAAUGAUGGACCAGAAUGUGUGGAUAACAAAAACCACCAAAAGGCUUUGCCCUCAACUUCUUGGAAUGAAGAGAGUUCUCAUACCAAGGAAGGGUCACGGAUGAUGGUUAAUGUGAAAGAAGCAUCUCUGAAGACAGAAUCAUUGCAUGCAGUUUCUCAAGAAAAAGCAAAUGUUGGCACUCUUCAUGCACUAAAUGAUGGAUCAGAAUGUGCGGAUAACAAAAAUCACCAAAAGGUUUUGUCCUCAGCUUCUUGCAAUGAAGAUGGCUCUCAUACCAAGGAUGGUUCAUGUAUGAUACAACAACCAAGCCUUAUCCCACUAAGUGGGGUCGGCAAGGAAGGUUCAUGUAUGAUGGAUAAUAUAAAAUCAGCAUCUUUGGAGACAGAAUCAUUGAAUGCAAUUUGUCAAGAACAUAAUGUAGACAAGAUCAUAUGUGCUGACAGGUGUAUUAAUGCCAAUGACAAAAUGCCAAAAGAUUGUGGCUCCUUCUCCGUUGAAGCUAAAGAUGGAUCUGAAUAUUUAGGGAGCUCUGGUAGUGAAAACGCUCCAAUUGAAACUUCUUGUCACAUCGAGGCUUGCAUGUAGAAUCGGUAUCUCUAGGCACAUGAUGACUGCAUUCAACUUCUCAGUAGCACAAUUUUUUUAUAAGGUCACAUGUGCUGACAGAUGUACCGAUACUGCCAAAAAAAAAGUUCCUAUGUGCUGACAGAGGUUCCAAUACUGCAAAGCUAAUUUCAAAAGAUUGCAACAAGUCCUUUCCUACUGAAGUUAAAGAUGAGUCUGUCAAUUUUUCAACAUUCCUGCUCGCAAUGACAAUGCUUCAUUUGCUACUUGUGAACAAAAGAUGGCUUGAGUGUUUGUCAAGAGCUCACAUGCCAAUCUCUCUUUGGACUGGUAGAAGGUUCAGAAACAUGAGAAGGGACGUUCUGAAAAUUGUGACUGAUCUUCCUGUUAUUUUGGUGGUAUUUUUUUUUUUCUUUUUCCCCACAGGUGCAGAGGUUGUAAUUAGCAGUAGAAGCAUCUGAAUUUCUCUAGAGUGAGUAACAAAGUAAAGUGAGUAAUAUCAACCGUUGGAGAACCGAUUAAUGGUUGAUAUUAUAUGCAUUUGCAUAACAAAUCACGGGUAAUUGAAGUUUCGACCCUUGAUUUUUUUUCUCACUUUACUAACUACUCUUUAGUAUUUUUGGAGGCCUCGUGUGUCACUAGUUUUGCUUUGUGUUUGUUUCAAUAUUAGGUUUGAGUUGAAACUAUGUGCGUUUGGGUAUUGGCACCUGUUUCCGAACAUAUCUUAGAUGAGUCAAAUGCUUAGUGUUUCCUGAAUGUGGAAAGAACAAUGUUCUGGUGUAUAACACUUGUGGUCUUUUUAGUUUGAAUCAUUUAUGAUUUUAGUUCUUGAAUA